AUGCCAAUGCCGAUUAAUGACACUGCAAGCAACGAAACGUCAACAAUGCGACAAUGCAUACAAGCAACUAUCUAUGACAAUGACACUUAUGAUACCUACGAGUACGACAUCUACAAGCAACAACUCCUACGAUGGGCGACAACAAGCGAAAGAAAGAUCA